AUGAUUGGUUCCGACUUCAUCAGCUUCUUUUCACUUCUUUUCAGCUUUGAUGAGGUUGAUGAAGACGAUGCCUUCGAAGCUGACCUUCUAGAGAAGUUGGACUCCAGAGGCAUGUGCAAGCUGCGGGAACAUUUCUUCUGCAAGGAAGGCCAAAAAUAUGACCAACAGAGGAAGCUGUCAGGCAGCAUUCCUGGUUACAAAUACUCUGGGUUGUCACUCAACAGAGACGAGUUCAUCGAGGCGAUGGAAAGCGCUAUGGGUGCACCUGUGGAAGCGGCGGUUGGCGCCCGGCUGUUCGGCGCGCUGGACGCCCACAACCGCGGCCUGGUGUGGUGGGAGGAGGUCCUGGACUACCUGAUCGACAAGGCGGGCCGCCGCGAUCGCGACAGACUCUCCUGGCAGCCGCUGGAGGCUCGACACACCGUGCACCACCUGCCGCACUGCAAGCGCGAGCCGGUGCUGCGGGUGCUGGGGCUGCGGACGGCGAGCUCGUUCUGCUACCUGGCGGCGUGCCGGCUGGGCCGCGUGGGGCUGUACGGCGGGCGGCUGGAGCCGCUGGAGGAGUACGUGCUGCCGCUGGGGGCGACGCGCCGCCGCCGCCUCGCGCACACCUGGCUCACGGACGCGCUGCACCUGCCCGACGCCGCCGCCGUGCUCUACCUCGCCUCCGACCGCAGCCUGCUCCUCUACGACGCUUCCUGCUUAGUGCACACGCCAUUGUGCGUGGUGAGUGGGAUGCGGAACGUGGCCGAGUGUGCGUGCUACGCAGCCUCCGACGUGCACGCAUCGGGCCGGUCCACGCUCUACAUGGGAGACGACCACGGCAACGUCAUCACACUCGUCUUUCACCAGCCGCGGGUCUCGCUCUUCCGCAAGAAGCACCCUGACAAGCUCGACAGAUACUACUGGGUGGAGCUGGAGCAGCAGACGGAGUGGGUGUCGGUGCGGGUGGACGAGGGCGUGCACGCCGGCGCGGUGCGGCAGCUGGCCUACUGCCCGGACAACGACACCCUGGUCUCCUGCAGCCACGACCCGGCCGCCACCGUCGUCGUCAAGCACGCCCCCGCGCGCCGCGCCCCCUACAUCUUCCGGCUCGCCAGGGGCGUGCGCUGUUUCCACAUGGAGCGCCGCCUAAAGCUUUUGGCCACGGGCAGCAGCGACUGCGUGGUGCGACUCUGGAACCCCGUGGUCACCAACCAGCCCACAGCUUCGCUCUUCGGCCACACGGCUGCCGUCGUCGACGUGCUCGUCAUGCCAGACAUGGACGUCGUCUUCAGUUGUUCCACUGACGGGGUGGUGAAGGCGUGGGACGUGUGGGACCAGUGCUGCGUGCAGACAGUGAGUGUGCGCGGACCCCUAGACCUGGGGCUGGAGCACGGCGCGCUGUCGCUGGCGGCGGGAGGCCGCUGUCUACUGGUAGCGGGUGGCUGCCACGUGGCGAUUCUGCGCAUGCGCCAGCCGCGCCGCCCCGCGCAGCCGCUGCCGGCCACGCCGCCGCCGCUGCCGCCGCCAUCGCGCGAGCACCGACCCGCCGUGCCGUCACCCUGGCAGGCGGCAGAAGCGCGCGGCAUCAUUACCCCGGACUCGUCAGUCUACAGCCAGUCCAGUGUAUGUGGCGACAGCGAGAGCGGAUCUCCUUCACAGUCGCCGUCGCCACCACCACCCAGCAACCACGACAGACCGGAAACGCCGGAGGCUGUCACCACUUCCGGUCGCAUGCCUGAGCUGCCGCCGCCACCGGUGUUGCCUCAUUCUCCCGGGCCGCCACACGAUCUGCAUUCGCGCCGCGCGCGCCACGAACGGCGGAUCCGCGAACUGCGCCCGGUGGUGGGGCAGUGUGCGCCGCACCUGGCUCUGGCGCUGCACGAGCCAGUGGAACUGCGGCUGUCGCCAGCGCUGCCACCGCCCCCCGGACUGGCGGCACGACACCCGGAGCGCACGGCGCGCCUGCUGCAGCAGCCGGAGCGGCUGGCGAGAGCGCGACUGCUGUCGCCAAGCUCCGUGUCCGUGCUGAGCGCCCGUAGCGCCAGCAGCAGUGACACACGCAAGUAGCGUGCUCUCAGCACGUGAAAUGUGCACACACAGUGACAAGGGCGCGCUAAAUAUCGGUCCCACACUGUGUUUGCUUCUGUAGUCUUAAUUGCAAGGAAAAAAUUAAGUAAAACUCACUGCAGUUUGCGUGUGCCCGUCAGACUGAGAUUUAAAAACUGUUUUGUACCCUCACUUCAACUACACUAUCAGAAGUGGAAAUUGCUACACCAUUAAGCACCAAUCCUAUAUUUACCAAACUAUUUGGAGAUGUUUACACAUAGCAAUUAUUAAACUUUGAUUCCAUUCGAAACUGAUGUUCAUCGGGGACUUCUGUAUGAGGUAUGACCCUUACAGGCAUGAAUACACUCUUGUAUUCAUUUGGUAUAGAAGCAUGCAACAUCUGAGUGAUACAUUGAAGAUUUUCUAGCCAUGCCUAAAAUACAUGCUGUGUCAGUUCAUGAAGUCUGCUGGUUGAAGGCCAGUCUAGAAAUAUAUGUCUUUCCAUCGGAUCCCAGACAUGCUCUGUGGGUGACACAUUAGAUAACAGGACUGCUAGUCAAGGAUCUAUAGUUUUAUCAAGAUGUUUGUGCUGUGAAAUGCAGUUUGGAGUCUGCAUUAUCCUAUUGGAAUAUCCCAUUUGGAGCCCUGAUCAUGAAGGGUAUGACACCAAGGUUUACCAUUUUUUUUCUACCCACAGAUUAACAUUUAGCUUCCCUUCAGUGAUUACCAAAUCUGCCCUGUUGCCCGUAUUCAGUAGCUAUCCACACCACAGUUCCAAGAGCUGGAGAAUCAUAGUUUUUGAGAAUAGCUGAUGUCUGAGAGCUUUCACCAAGUCUUUUACAGACUCGUUGGUGUCAAUCAGACAAGUCUCCCUUGUUUGUGGUAUGGUGUUAACAGUAAAUUACCCAAGGCAACUUGAGACCUCAACCCAGUUAACAGCAACCUGCUGGUGGCAGUUCAUGGUGAUACACUCCCUGUAAUCUCUUCCGAGUUUCCAGAUAUUGUCAUUUAUUUAUCAGACCUAAUCAAGCAACCCUACGUUCUUCCUGUGGUGUAUUUCCCCUAGGAGGACCUGUACCUACACUUCUUAACAUACUGUUGUCCCAAGUUCAUCUCAUUUCCACUUAUUCUGCAGUCAUUGCGUUACACCCAGCUAAGUGUGUGAUCUGUUGGAUGAUGCCCGAUUGUCCUUCAUUCCGACAAUUCUACCUUUUCUCAGUGUCCAAUUCAUCAUGAUAAGCUGUGCAUACCCAUCCUCUGCACAUACCGUGUUGCAGGCCCCACCUGAAAAAUUCCAGUAACGUCAAACACACUCAGUACCCAUCAUUACAUCUACUACUUCUUGCCUGUAGAAUACUCGCUUUAGAGCACCGAGAAUAAUCUCACAUAAGGCUGAACUUUUAAUCAAUAUAUCCCACAGGGUUGAAAUACCAGAGUAUCAGCUUAGUAGUAUUCACACACUCUGCACAUGUUGUAACACUUUCCAUUUCUGUCAGUGUAAUCCCUCAGGGAUGACAUGUUACUGUCUUCCUUUUUUGCCCUUUUUCUUGUUACUAAAACAAAUAAAAAUCCAGUUGGUGUGCG